UAACGGAUAACGAGGGAGGAGGAGGAGAAGGCUUUUGAAGAUCAGCAGAGAAAAGAAUGGUGGGCGCCUCCUCUCUGCAACCGAGACUGCUCUCUUCUUUUGUUGGAGAUCGCUUUAUUCAAUCCACACAGCCUCUCUGUAAACUCUUUCACUACAAUCCAGGAAGCAAACAUGUGUCAAUGCAAUUAUCCAGAGGACUUUCUGGCUUAACUGAUUUUCUGUUCAAUAAAAGAAAUCUUGAUGAAGUGGCAAACAGCAAGCGCAGACGUCUAAGGCCUGGAAAAGUAUCACCUCGUCGACCUGUCCCAAAUCAUAUACCAAGGCCAUCCUAUGUUAAUUCUUGGCAAUCACCUGGAAUUGCAAGUGGACCUGAAGUACAUGAUGAGAAGGGGAUCGAGUGCAUGAGAGCUUCUGGAAGGCUUGCGGCACAGGUUCUUGAAUUUGCGGGGACUCUAGUCAAGCCAGGCAUAAAGACAGAUGAAAUUGAUGAAGCAGUUCACCAGAUGAUAAUAGAUAAUGGAGCAUAUCCCUCACCUCUUGGCUAUGGUGGGUUUCCUAAGAGUGUUUGCACAUCAGUGAAUGAGUGCAUUUGCCAUGGAAUACCAGACUCCUGUGCUCUUGAGGAUGGUGAUAUUAUCAAUAUUGAUGUUACAGUGUAUCUAAAUGGUUAUCAUGGUGAUACAUCAGCAACUUUCUUUUGUGGAGAAGUUGAUGACAAAGCCAGAAACCUGGUUCAGGUAACUAAAGAAUGCCUUUAUAAAGCAAUAUCAAUAUGUGCACCAGGAGUGGAGUUCAAGAAAAUUGGCCAAACAAUACAUGACCAUGCAGAUAAAUAUCGUUACGGUAUUGUGCAACAGUUUGUUGGCCAUGGUGUUGGACGUGUUUUCCAUGCUGAUCCAGUUAUUCUACACUACAGAAACAAUUAUGGUGGACGCAUGAUGUUGAAUCAAACCUUCACUAUUGAGCCAAUGCUGACAAUGGGUAGCAUUAAUCCGGUAAUGUGGAAUGAUAACUGGACAGUUGUUACAGAAGAUGGAAGCCUAUCAGCACAGUUUGAGCACACCAUUUUAAUAACAAAAGAUGGGGCUGAGAUACUGACCCAAUGUUGAAUGUGUAUUUUCAGAGUGCAUCUGUCCAUCUUCAGGAUUUACACCAUCUACAUGCGAUUGAAUUGGCCUCUUUGGAUUGUAAGUUGUAUCUUAAUCAUGACCCAUUUUUGAAACUCGAAAGGCGUCCUGCAAAUUACAUGAAUUCAUUCACUGUUAACUGUAAGCAUGUUAAAUUAUACUGAAUAAUAUUUCCUGAUGAAAUGAAUAUAAUGAAUUGUCAGACUGAUUCCACCUUAA